GGCUGGUUAGAGAUCAUGGAAAUAGUUGAGAAUGAAGCAGCGGGUGAUCGUAAGGAGGUCAAGUCACCGUGGAAGACUCCGGUGAUUGACGCUCAAGUGGCCGAUGCUCAUGUUAUGGGGACCGAAUCUUGGCCUGAUCUUGGUGGGACCCAACAAAUGCCCCACAAACCUUCCGUCGUUGCUGAUGAAUUUGCUCGAGUUCCAUCAAUUGAGCAGGGAGUUGCUGGACAGAAAAAACCAAAUGGGUCUAGAAACACCAAUACUUCUCAUAGAUAUCCAUCAGCACGGAAUCAGAAUUUGGGCUCUAAGCGCAAUCCUAAUGCUGGACCUCGAUUUCCUGUACCAUCACCUUAUUAUCAACCACCAACGCCACCUGUUUUUCAUGCCAUGGCCCCUCCACCACAUGUUACUGUCCCUGGGUAUGCUUACCACCCUGCCCCGGGACCUUUUCCUCGUGUAGAACGUCAGUUGGUAAAAUCUGAUUCUGAGACAACAAAGAAUGCCUUUGGCCCCCCUGAACAAGGUAUUAAUGCCAGCAGAAAUAUGCGGCCUCCACGAGGUGAUUUCAAUGCAUAUCCUACGAACUUCUCUAAUAGAAAGUCCAACAUGCUAGAAACUGGUGAGCAUUUUAAUCCUGGAUGGAAUCAUCAACGAGCAUUUAAUCCUAGAGAACCUAAUACCAUGCAGCAGGGUACUGGACCUAGACCUUUUGUUAGACCACCAGUCUUUGGCCCUGCUCCAGGUUUCAUAGUUGGUCCAAAUUUCCCAGGGGUUGUAUACUAUGUGCCUGUUGCUCCGCCAGGCUCUGUAAGGGGAUCUCAUCCUCCACGCUUUGUUACAUACCCUUUGAAUCCAGGGACUGUCAUGUUCCCUCCAGAGACUGUAAUUUUGAGGGCCAAUAUAGUGAAACAAAUAGAGUAUUAUUUUAGUGAUGAAAACCUUCAAAAUGAUCGUUAUUUGAUUUCGUUGAUGGAUGAUUUAGGAUGGGUUCCAAUAUCCAAAAUUGCAGAUUUUAAAAGGAUUAAGAGGAUGAGUACCGAUAUACAAUUCAUCCUUGAUGCGCUGUUGGGUUCAUCUACUAUAGAAGUACAGGGUGAUAAGAUACGGAGACAUGAUGAGUGGUCCAAGUGGGCUUCCGCUAAUUCAAAGACAACAUUGUCAUCAAAUGUGCUGCCUAUUCAUGACCAACUUGUACAGAAUGUUACUAAUUCUUGUGGAAAUGGUGUGGAAAAUGUUAAAUUUUCAUAGCAUGGUGGGAACUUGGAGCAUUCACUUAACGGAAAUCCCGUAGGAGUAACACAUAAAAGUCACA